UGGCGUUGGCAGUAUGAGUCGGAUAAAUCAACACCCUGUUAUGUCGUUGUGUCAGUCAAUUGUGUUUUUGCUUCAUGUUCCAGUAGAUUAGCGUAAUUAAAUUAAAUGAAGGGCUUAGUUAAUAUGAAUUAAUCAAAAAUGAGUGUUUUUAACGAUUUUCAACAAGUGUGGUUGCAACGAUUUCCUGACAAUCCACUUCCAGGGGCAUGGGAGGAACAUGUCAAGUUGAAUUUGGCGAAACAUCGACAGAAAGUGUCGAUGUUCAAGGAAGAAGUCCGCAAGGAAGAGAUUUACGUUGAGUAUUUGGAGCGUCUGCUCCUCGAUAUCCAAAAACACAAGAAACAAGAGUCGGGAGAAGAAGGUGAAUCAAGCAAGAGUGAUGUCACAGCUGAUAACGUAUCAAAUAGCGCGACCAACUUGAGCCUUGAGGAGUUCGAGACCUUUUCGGCAAACAUGUGCGUGACGGAGAUUUCGAACGUAUUGUCGAAACUCAACUCUGAGCAAAGUGAAGACGUUGAUUUGUCAAUGCCAGACCCGAGUUCUUUCGUGACGGUGAUCGAAGUGAAUGGUUUGAAACCGUCGGCGAGCACUCAAACUCCACCAAAGAUACCAGUAAAGCCUGAUUUUAGUAGAAAUAACAGUUUGCAAGAGAAAAUCGAGCCUGAAGAGCGCGUGUCAACACCUGAGGAGCCUUACUACGACGUUGUUGCGCCCGAAGAUCAGGACUUCAAUCUGCCUGAAAGUGAUAAUUCAAGUGCUGAAAAUACUCUAAGUUCCCAGGCGUCCUUUAUGCCGAAGAAAGGGUCACAAUCACCAAGUGCUUCAAACUACGUCAAUAUUGAAUAUUUCAUACAGGCGAGCAAUCAAAACGAUAAUGAACACAGUAGCAGUGACGAGGAAGGCACUGAAAUGCGUCACAGAGGCAGCAACGGCUCGUACGCAAGUUCAAGUUCAUUAGAUUCAUCAACGCCCCACAGCAGACGAAAAUUUCAACCUGAGGAUCUUGAGACUGCCACUGAAAACUCACGGUACAAAUGCAUACUAAAAAAUAUAAUAAGCAGCGAGGAGGAGUACGUGGAAUGGUUGAGUGUGUCAAUGAAGUACAUGAAAGCGCUCCAAGCGACUUUGACGACGUCCCAACGAAUUAUCACAGAGACUGAACUGAACACAAUUUUCUACAAAAUUCCAGAACUGUACGGUGUGCAUUCAAGCUUCCUCGAAGUACUGAAAAAUCACGUGGAAAAGAAUGACAAUUCGGGAAAGACGGGCGAAUGCUUCAAGAACUUGGCUUUAAAUCUAGAACUGUACGGAGCAUUUUUGAGCAAUUAUGGGCGCGCUUUGGACACGGUGCGAAAAUGCUGCGAGACGAAUUCGCUAUUUCGGGACGUGACCAAAAACAUCACCUGCAAAUACCUCUCGAAACAGCCGAACAACUUGGAGGAAAUCCUACACAAGCCGGUGGCAAGGGUGCAAAAGAAUGCGUUGGUUUUGCACGAUUUGUUGAAUUCGCUGCAAGGAACACAUCCCGAUUACGCUAGCCUUUCUGAAGCUUUACAAUUGACGCAAGGUUUCCUUGACCAGUUUAAUAUGAUUCAAACCAAGUCCAUGUUUCCUGUGUCCGACCGAGCGCAAAGGCGGCUCGUUAAAAAUUCAUUUAUUGUCGAAUUUGCAGACGGCCAUCGGAAAUUGAGGCAUUUGUUUUUAUUUAAUGACGUCAUCGCAUGUGCGAAAUACAAGCCAUCCGGGCGUACUGAAAAAUACACAUUUGAACUAAAAUGGUUCAUCCCUGUGGAAGACAUAAUCAUUUUCCGCGAAACCAGCCCUCAGCAUCACCACGAAUCAACUGUACCAAAUAUUGUAAGUCUUAAAUCGCAAGCAUCAAAUGUUAGAGAUCAAUUACGCCAAGAAGAAAAAGCUUUAGAAGAUAAGAAAACACGCAGCACUCGUGGUUCCGACAAAUUCAAAAAACGUCUAGUGGAACUCGAAAGUCAGUUAGUUUUAGUUUCACCAAAUUUACCGUUCCGUAUUAAAAACCGUCAGACUGGAAGGUUGUACACGUUCUUUUUGUCGUCGGAAUUCGAACGCACCCAGUGGGUCGAAGCGAUUUUAACGCUACAGAAAACGGGUAAACCACCGGUACCUUCACCCAGUUUUAGCAUGCUGGAGUUGCAAACGUGGAUAACGGCAUGUCGGGCAUUUUUAAAGACGAAUAUGGGGUCGUAUCUGUUGAGAAGCGUCCAUGAUGAAAGCCUCCUAGUCGGGGAUUUACAUGUGCAUAUUUUUGAACUGACCGGACUUGAGUACAGCUGUGAGCUAUACGUGGUGUUUGAGGUCGAUUUCUACGGCCACUUUUUCCAAAAAGCCAAAACUAAGGCCGUUCAGAGCUCGAACGUGUUCACGUGGGGCGAGAAAUUCGUAAUUGACCUUGAAGGAUGCGAGAAUUUGCGUAUUUUAGUAUAUAGAACUAGUACAAGUACAAUUAAGGAGGAUACACUGGUGGGGAAAUACACACAGAAGUUGAGUCGGAGUUGGCUGAGGACUGAACCAGUUGAAAAGAAGUUUAAUAUAAAUGUGGCCACACUGAGGCUGAAUUUGACGUACAUUCCGUGUGUGGUGAGUCUACGGAGAUUGCCGACGGGGAAAAAUGGCGCCCUCUUCGGCGAGAAAAUUCAAGUCGUUUGCAAGCGCCAAAAAAGAGACAUUCCGUUCAUUAUCACAGCAUGUAUCAAGGAAGUGGAAAGGCGGGGAAUGACCGAAGUGGGUUUGUACCGCGUUUCAGGUUCCGCAUCGGAUAUUUCCAAGCUGAAAAAAUCGUUCGAGACAAAUUCUUACGAAGCCGAACAACUGUUGAAAGAAGUCGAUAUCCAUUCCGUAACCGGUAUUUUAAAAUUAUACCUACGCGAGCUUCCCGAAGCUCUUUUUACCGAUCAACUGUACCCAGCUUUGUCAGAGGCAUUUAACCAAAGUAACGGAAACUACACCCGUCGCAUUGAGCUGUUGAAGGGCUGUUUCGCCAAGCUUCCGCAGCAAAAUAAAAUCAUUAUCAAGUUCAUUUUGGAUCAUUUGAUCCGAGUGCAUAAACACGAAGAGGAUAAUAAGAUGUCGCUGCACAAUCUGGCGACGGUUUUCGGGCCGACGCUCUUAAGGCCGGGCUUCAAAGCCAGCCAGAACAAGCCGAAGGAUACGCUUUCGGCCGAAACGGUGGACGUAAUGGCGCAAGCGGGGAUCCUGUAUUGCUAUUUGCAGGACCUUGAUUCGAACAAAAAUAAUUGCUAAAAUUAUGUAUAUAAAUACCAGUAUUGUAUUCGUAUCGUGUGAUUUUGCGGUCACUGAGACUUAUAUUUAUGUGAAAAGUAUUUUUGUAUAGUGGCUUUUCCGAAUGAAUUUUGUAUCCUAUUCCGAAGCUUUUGUAAAUAAAUAUAGACUAUCAGACAAA